AUGGAUUUGUACUAUGAGAAUGGUUCACCACCAUGCCUGAGUGUAAUAGUUACUGCAGCUGCGCUUAAUGUCAAAUUGAAUUUAAAGGAAUUGGAGUUGGAAGUGAAAAAAGAACAUUUGACACCAGAAUUCACAAAAAUCAACCCUGGAACGAAAACAUUCACGAUCGCUGAUAUAUCGAUUUAUUCAUCCUUUUUAACCAUCCCGAAUCCGAAUAACGAUUUUUCUCCUUAUCCCAAUAUCAAGAAAUGGUUGAAGUUAAUGGAAGAAAAAGCUCCAGCUAAAGAUUACAUCAAGAAGAGUGUUGCAGCGAUUCAAAUGUUUUGA